AUGUCGUCCCCGGGCCCUGCGGCGGCGGAGGGAGAGGGAACCCCCGAGCAGCCCGCGGCCGAGAAGGAGCCCGAAAUCCCUGGCCCGAAGGAGGAAAGCGAGGAGGAGGAGGAGGAGGAAGACGACGACGAGGAGGACGAGGACGAGGAAGAGGAGAAAGAAAAGAGUCUCAUCGUGGAAGGCAAGAGGGAAAAGAAAAAAGUAGAGAGGUUGACAAUGCAAGUCUCUUCUUUACAAAGAGAGCCAUUUACAAUUGCACAAGGAAAGGGGCAGAAACUGUGUGAAAUUGAAAGGAUACAUUAUUUUCUGAGUAAGAAGAAAACAGAUGAACUUAGAAAUCUACAUAAACUACUUUACAACAGACCAGGCACAGUUUCCUCAUUGAAGAAGAAUGUGGGUCAAUUCAGUGGCUUUCCAUUUGAAAAAGGAAGUACCCAAUAUAAAAAGAAGGAAGAAAUGUUGAAAAAAUUUAGAAAUGCCAUGUUAAAAAGCAUCUGUGAGGUUCUUGAUUUGGAGAGAUCAGGUGUAAAUAGUGAACUGGUGAAGAGGAUCUUGAACUUCUUAAUGAAUCCAAAGCCUUCUGGCAAACCACUGCCAAAAUCUAAAAAAACUUCUAGCAAAGGCAACAAAAAGGAAAGGAACAGUUCUGGAAUGGCAAGGAAAGCAAAGCGAACCAAAUGUCCUGAAAUUCUGUCAGAUGAAUCUAGCAGUGAUGAAGAUGAAAAGAAAAACAAAGAAGAGUCUUCAGAGGAUGAAGAUAAAGAAAGUGAAGAGGAGCCACCGAAAAAGACAUCUAAAAAAGAAAAACCUAAACAGAAAGCCACUUCUAAAAGUAAAAAAUCUGUAAAGAAUGCUAAUGUGAAAAAGGCAGAUAGCAGCACCACCAAGAAGAAUCAAAACAAUUCCAAAAAAGAAAGUGAAUCUGAGGAUAGUUCAGAUGAUGAACCUUUAAUUAAAAAACUGAAGAAACCUCCUACAGAUGAAGAGUUAAAGGAAACAGUAAAGAAAUUAUUGGCCAGUGCUAACUUGGAGGAAGUUACAAUGAAACAGAUUUGCAAAAAGGUAUAUGAAAAUUACCCUGCUUAUGAUUUAACUGAAAGAAAAGGUUUCAUAAAAACAACUGUUAAAGAGCUAAUUUCUUGA